AUGAGCGCUGUAGGCCCCCCACGGCGUCAGUACUUUGCCGACGAUUUUGUUCCGUCUAAGAAUUUCGUGAUUUGCGGUCGAGGAAAGAAGUCGUAUGGCCAUGUGGGGAAUCAGUACUUUUUGCACGUGGUAGCAGGCCGCAUCAACGAUUAUGCUCGUGCUGAUACGAAGCAAGCGAAAUCGGAGAUUGUGCAAAAGAUUGUUCGUGAAAUCGACGAAAAGGGAGGUUUCAUUCGUCAAGACGAAGCUACAGGGCAGUUCUACCGUGCUGAAGACGGAGCUGGACGCGAGAAAACGUCGCAGGCACUACGAGACUGUCUCAAGCACAAAUACAAGUCCAGCAAAGACAUCAAGAAAACCAACCGCAAGGCCAAACGAAUGGCAAGACGAUUGAGCAACAAGGAACGUAGAGGAUCCAUGGGAUCUACUGGAACAGCGCAUUCCCACACAUCCUCCCAUGGACCUACCGGUACGCAACCACAGCCAGCCAAUACUGGUAGUACCGCUGGUAUUAGUAGUACUGGUAUACCCACCAAUAUCAUGCCACAGCAAAUACUCAUGCAAGGAUUCGAUCCAGGAGCACUCGGAAAGUCAAGACGACAUCGACGCAAUUCCAUGGGCAAUGUCAUGCCCGUUACCACCACCAGCAGUUGGGACACUACUAGUACUCUGCCUGCUACUAACAUGGAAGCGGUCUUGGCAAUGCAGCAACAACAACAACAGCAAGCCAACAGUCUGACAGCAGCAAACCCGUAUGCAGCUCCUUCUCCCAUGACCACCCAAAGUGCUGCAAUCAACGAACCAGAUCUCACCGACAUGGUAUACGCCAAACCCAAUCCCAAGCAAACUAAUGUCAAUCUCCUCAACAGCAAUGCUGCCAUGGCAAAUGCCGUCAAUCCCUGGGGAUCACGAUCUGCACGUGGUGUGGUGCGAAGAGCCAGUGCCUCUUCGUACUUUCAAGAGCCCAACCCAGAACAAGAACCAAACAUGGACAUCAACAUGGGAUUUGGCGGAAUGCAGGGCAUUGACAUGCUCUCCGCCAAGGGUACCAUCGUACAAAAUGCCGCUCUGGGCUACAAUGAUGAUGAUGUCGUAUGUGCAACCGCUGGCUUACCUGGAGACUUUCAAGCACGUCGACGGACCAGCACCUCCAGUUAUGGAUCCAAUGCGUCCAGUUAUUGGUCGGGAGCCGACUCGGCAUCCACAUCGUCCGGUUAUAACCAUUUUGGUGGAACGUGGGUCGACGGUGACGAUGAAGAUUGGGCGGCAGGGCUCAACCUUAACUUGCUGGGAGAGCUCACCGAUGAUCUCGAUGCGCUACGAAUGGCGGCAGCAUUUGAAAAUGAUGGCAGCGGCCGUAGCAGUAUUGGUAGUACUGGUGGUGGCGUCCCCGUGAAUAUUGGUGGUGCCAUGCCAGUUUUGGCCUUUCCAGAUGCUGUCAAUCAUAAGCAGCAAGCAUACAGCAACAACGAAAACAACAACGGACAACAAGUUGCACUCACGGCAAAGAACUUAGCCACCAUGGCGGGAGGAUACAACCCACAACAAAAUCAUCAAAAUCAGAUACAUGUAUCACAAAACAGUCCAGGACUGCAUCGAGAACGAAGGGUCAGUGCAUCCACAGCAAGUGCCGCCUCCAAUUAUUGGGCCGAAGAAGUGGAUGAUACCAGUGGACGGUCUUUCACUGCUGGAGUAUGA